AUGGAUUUGAGAGUCGGGAGAAAGUUUCGUAUUGGGAGGAAGAUCGGGAGCGGAUCUUUUGGAGACAUUUAUCAUGGGACGAAUCUGAUCAGUGGCGAGGAAGUGGCGAUCAAGCUGGAGUCGAUAAGAUCGAGGCAUCCGCAGUUGGAUUACGAGUCGCGCGUUUACAAAUACCUGAGCGGCGGGGUGGGGAUACCCUUCAUUCGUUGGUUUGGGCGUGAAGGCGAGUACAAUGCGAUGGUGAUCGAUCUUUUGGGGCCAUCGCUGGAAGACCUGUUCAACUAUUGUCAUCGGAAGUUCACGUUCAAGACCGUUAUCAUGUUAGCAUUGCAGAUGAUCUGCCGUAUACAGUACAUCCACGGGCGAUCGUUUAUCCACAGAGACAUUAAACCGGAUAACUUUCUGAUGGGGGUGGGGCGUCGUGGCAGCACGGUGCAUGUGAUCGAUUUUGGUCUGUCCAAGAAGUACAGGGACUUUAACACGCACCGCCAUAUUCCGUAUAGGGAGAACAAGUCGCUGACGGGCACAGCGCGUUACGCGAGCGUCAACACGCAUCUGGGGAUCGAGCAGAGCAGAAGAGAUGACUUGGAGUCGCUGGGCUACGUGCUGAUCUAUUUCUGCAAGGGGUCGCUGCCAUGGCAGGGGCUCAAAGCUACGACCAAGAAACAGAAGUACGAUCGUAUCUUGGAGAAGAAACUGUGUACGAGUGUGGAGACUUUGUGUGGCGGGUUGCCGCAGGAAUUUGCAGAGUUCAUGUUGUACUGCAGAAAUUUGAAGUUUGACGAAAGACCGGAUUACUUGUAUUUAGCGAGGCUCUUCAAGGAUUUGAGCAUCAAGCUGGAGUACCAUAACGACCACCUAUUCGACUGGACCAUGUUGCGUUACACAAAGGCGAUGGUAGAGAAACAAUGCGAUUUACUGAUGGUCGAGAAUCAGGGGAACAAGGAUAAAGCCAUUGCAUCUGCGUCGACAUCGGCGACCGCCACUAAUGAUAAUAACAACGCGGGCUCUGCUGCUUCCGGUACAAACAACAAGGACGAUUCAUUUAACAGGGUUAAGCUACUAGCGAUGAAGAAGUUUGCUACCCAUUUCCACUACUGCAAGAACGAGGACAAACACCACCCUACUCCGGACGAGAUCAAGCAACAGUCGAUACAAAACACCAACGCCGCAGCAUCCCUACCAGAAGAACUCUUGAAUGCCAUCGAUAAAGGCAUGGAAAAUUUAAAACAGCAGCAUCAACAGCAGCAGCAACAGCAGCAACAACAGCAACAACAGCAACAGCAUUCCGAUCCUAUACUACAACAGCAUCAGAAGGAGCAGCAAUAUGCUGGCAACCUGGCACAAGACGCCAUUCAGCAACCAUCCAUGAGAACCACUCAUUAUCCUCCGCAAGUGCAGCAACCCCAGCAGGAUCCUUCGAGACCAGACCAACUCAAGCACCAACACCAGCCUCUCAAGCCUGCCGGUGAAGACAUAUGGCUAUAG